AUGGUGACCGCAUGUCUUUGUCCUGCCCUGAAAAAGGAGCGUGUGAGGAAUGCGGCUGGAAGCGAGCAGGAGAAGCCCAGAAGCUCCACCUCAUCCACAGGCUCCACCCCCGGACGGCCUGAGGCCUCGGACACAGGCGGGAGCCCCCAGGAGGAGCACCCUCAUAGCCCAGAGCCUCACGUGUGCCUGUUGGACUGCAUGGCCCUGGACCUGCAGGAGAUGGACAUCUUCGCUGCAGAGCACCUGCCCUGUCGUCCCUGGGAUGGCGGCGGGCAGCCCGAGUCCUCCGACCUCAUCUUUCCCUCAUACUCUGUCCGCCGAACUGGAGACAAUCUGCUCAAAGACCGCUGCCGCCUAAGGCUCAAAGUGGAGCGCAACCUGGACAGGGAGCUGAGCCACGCCGUGCCGGACAUGUCCAUCCACGGCAGCCUGUCCUCGGUGCACUGCUGUCUGGACAUGAAGCACUACCAGCUGAUCAGAGGCCUGCUGGAGAACAACCUGGGAGAGCCGGUGGAAGAGUUCCUGCGACCCUACAACCUCCAGGACCCCAGCAGCUAUACGGUGUUGAGUGGAGAUGUCUUUACCAACCUGUCCUUCCUGGUGGACAUGAUGGACGUCAGCCUGGAGCUCCUGGACAGCCCAACCCGGUCCGAAUGCAGGCGCUCCUUGGCGAGGUUUGACUUCAUGAAGUCGAAGGUGCUCUUUGAGGGUUUCUCCAACGGAUCCAAGUCUGUCAACCUGGUGUCUCAUUCUCUGCUGGCGCACGACACCCGCUACACGGGCGCCAGGAGGGGCGCCGAGGGCCUCAGGCACAACGUGUUUGACUGCAUUCUGCAGCCCUCCAAAACGGGCACCAACCGGGCGUCCCUGCAGCUGGAGCUGCACUACAGGUCCACCCGCGAGUCCUCCUGCUUCACCGUGGUGCUCAAUAACCUCAGGGUCUUCCUCAUCUUCGACUGGCUGCAGCUGGUGCGGGACUUCCUCCACAUGCCGGCCGAGAGCGGGCCGGGCGGCGCCGAGGCCCGCCAGCGCUGGCCCAGCGCCGCCGGCGCCGAGCCGGGCCCCGCCGGAGCCCUCAUGCCCAAGACGGUGAAGAGCGGAGUGGUUACCAAGAGGUCCACCGUACCGGUCAACCAGGAGCGCUGCCUGGAGGUGAAGAUCAAUGUGACAGGCACUGAGUUUGUGGUGGUGGAGGACCUGUCCUGCCCGGAUACCAACGCCAUCAUUCUGAAGGGCACCACGGUCCUCACGUACAAGCCCCGUCUGGUGGACCGGCCCUUCUCCGGCAGCCUGGCCGGAGUAGAGGUGUUCUCCUGCCGGCUGGGCAGCGAGCAGGAGACGGCGCUGUCCAUCAUCGACCCCGUCAACGUUCAGGUGGACCUGUGUGGGAGCCCCACCUACCAAAGCAGCUCCGGGCUCCUGGAUGCCUUCAAUGUGGAGGACAUCCCGCCGCUGCUGGAGAUUCAGUUCCCUGCUCUGGACAUCCGUCUGUCCUACAACGACAUUCAGCUUUUUUUGGCCAUCGCCAAGUCAAUCCCCACUGCCAGCGCCGGGCCCACACCUCCAUCAGAUUCUGAGGGCUCCCAGGCUGCCGCGGCCCCCAGAGAGGGCUCCAGGAGCAAGGCGCCCCCCCUCGCAGAGACCCAGCUCAGACACCUACAGGACCUGGGCUUUAGGAAAGAGGACUGCAUGGCUGCUCUGAGACACUGCAAAGGCCAGCUGGACCAGGCUGCCACCUGGCUGCUGGAGAACGCUGAGAGCAUGGCUGGACAGCCCAGGACCAGAGCUGGCUCUGACAGCCACAGCCACUCUGCCCCCCUCUCAGGGGUGGAGGUCAAGGCUGAGAGCGUCUGCAUCUGCUUCAUCGACGACUGCCUGGACUGUGACAUCCCCCUGGCAGAGCUCACCUUCUCCAGGCUGUAUGUUCUGCAGCGCAUCGGCUCCACCCAGGAAGGCAACGCCAGCUUCACUCUGUCUGGGGACUACUACAACAGAGAGCUGUCAGGCUGGGAGCCCAUCAUCGAGCCCUGGCCCUGUUUCCUGUCCUGGCAGCAGCAGGCCGCUGGCCGCCUCCACCCCCCACGCCUCAAAAUGGGGAUACGAGCCAAGCAGAGGCUGGACAUCAACAUCACGUCUGUUCUGCUCGAACAAUACAAAACUACCAAGAGCUCCUGGAUGGCUGAUUACUGUAAGGAGGAGGAACAGGCCACCAAGUCUUCCCCCCCUCUGCCCUGGAUAGGCUCUUCCGUGGACCCCCCCAGCUUUGGUCAGACAGAUGCCAAGCUGUCAAAGAGGAGGCAGCCUUUUGUGCCAUACGCUCUGCGCAACCACACCGGAUGCACCAUGUGGUUUGCCACCCUGACCACUACUCCCACAAGGGUGGCGCUGUCUCAUAGCAGCAGCGCGGACUCCAUCUCUGAGGUCCACAGCUCGGGUGCUGAUGACUCCCACAACGUGAGCCAGUGGAGAGAGGUCCUGCCUGGGGAGGAGGUCCCGUUCGAGUUUGAGGCCCGGGAGAAGCUGCGCCACCGACACACUCACGAGCUGAAGCUUCACCAGCUGCUGGUUCGGGUCUGCGGAUGGGAGCAAGUGAAGCCCGUGUCCGUGGACAAAGUGGGCAUUUUCUUUCGUUACGCAGCUCCAGACAGGACCAACUCUUCCAACACAGUGGGCAGCCCCAUCAGCAGGACCAACAUCAUCCACCCUCAUGUCUAUUUUUCGGCCCUGCCUCCUGUCAGGGUUGUCUUCGCCAUCACAAUGGAGGGAAGUGCAAGGAAGGUCAUCACUGUGCGCUCGGCCCUCAUGGUGAAGAACCGGCUGGAUGCUCUGAUGGAGGUCCGACUGGACAGUCCCUCCGCACCCGACAAGCCGGUGGUGUUGCCUCCCAUCUUGCCCGGGGAGGCUCUGGCCAUCCCUCUCCAUCUGACCUCCUGGAGGCUGCAGGCCCGGCCCAAAGGCAUGGGCUUGUUCUUCUGUAAGGCUCCCAUCCACUGGACCAGCGUGGAGCGGCCGGGGGAGAUCAGCAGCUCUAAAAGGGAGUGUCAGACUGCAGACGUGGAGGACAGCCCCAAGGGUAACUUCAGGUUUUGUGUGGUCAUCAAGAAGGAGAACUACCCGGAGCAGCAGCCCGCUAAGAGGCAGGCGUCUGGCGGGGCGCAGCAGAUCUACCGGCAGCCGGGCCACACCGUCUACCUGCUGCCCACCAUGGUGCUGCACAACCUGCUGCCCUGUGACCUCAGCUACUACAUCAAAGGAACGGCCAUCCUAGGCACCCUGAAGCCGGGGAAGGAAGCCGUGCUCCACUCGGCGGACACCUCGCAGAACAUGGAGCUGGGAGUGCUGCUGGAGAGUUUCCCUGUUUGCAAGGAGCUGCUGAUUCCACCGGGCACUCAAAACUACGUGGUGCGCAUGAGGCUGUACGACACCAACAAACGGCUGCUGUGUCUCACCAUCCGCAUCAUCCUGCUGGCUCAGGGGGCUCUGAAGAUUCUGAUAUCCUCCCCCUACUGGCUCAUCAACAAGACUGGCCUGCCCUUAAUAUUUCGUCAGGACAAUGGGAAGACGGACACGGCGGGGCAGUUCGAGGAGCACGAGCUGGCCCGCAGCCUGAGCCCCCUACUCUUCUGCUACACCGACAAGGAACAGCCUGCCAUGUGCACCAUGCGGAUCGGGAAAGGAAUCCACCCGGACGGAGUUCCAGGCUGGUGCCAAGGCUUCUCCUUAGAUGGAGGGAGUGGGGUCAGAGCAGUGAAGGUGAUCCAGCAUGGGAACAGGCCCGGACUCAUCUACAACAUAGGGAUCAGCGUGCGUAAAGGAAGAGGUCACUACAGAGACACACACAUAGUGACAUUUGCUCCACGCUACCUGCUGGACAACCGCUCCACCCACAAACUGGCCUUUGCUCAGAGAGAGUUUGCCAGAGGAAAGGGGGCGGCCAACCCAGAGGGCUACAUCUCCACCCUGCCGGGCUCCAGCGUCGUCUUCCACUGGCCCAGGAACGACUAUGACCAGCUGCUGUGUGUGCGCCUCAUGGACACGCCCAACUGCACCUGGUCAGGAGGCUUCGAGGUCAACAAACCAAAGUCCUUCCACGUCAACAUGAGGGACACGCUGGGGAACUGCUUCUUCCUGCGGACGGAGAUCACCCUGAAGGGAGCCACCUACCAGAUCUCCUUCACAGACACUGACCAGCUGCCUCCCCCCCUCCGCAUCGACAACGUCUCAGAGGUGCCCAUCCAGUUCUGGCAGCACGGCGUGGCGGACAUCCGGCUGCACACGGAGGUGAAGGCCCUGUCGGUGCUGGACUACGCCUGCGACGAGCCCACGCUGCCCCCCUACCUCACGCUCACCGUGAAGGGGGCGGGCUCGUCCGAGGUCACGGCCGACAUGAACUUCUUCAGGGAGUACAACAAACUCUACUACGAGAACUUCAUCUACAUCGCGGCCAGGCACACCUUCUCACAGAAUGCUGAGCGGAGACCCGUUGGGAAGAAGCACGUGGUGAGCUGCGCCGAGCUGGUCCUGGACGUGGACACCAAGACUCAAAGGGUCAUCCUCAGGAAGAAGGAGCCGGGGAAGCGCUCCCAGCUGUGGCGGAUGACGGGGGCUGGCAUGCUUUGUCACGAGGGCUCCUCGCCGCCCCAGAGCAAGCCGGCCCAGCCGCGGCCUCUGGACUCCUCGCUGGUGCUGGACAUCGCCGGGCUGGCAGCCGUCAGCGACAACAGCUUCGAGCCGCUGAUGCUGCGGAGGCCAGACUCCCGGCGCAGCACCACCCAGACCUGGUACUUCAGCUCAGGCAUGCUGACCUGCGGCCUCCCUCGCCUCGUGGUCCAGGUGAAAGGUGGCGUGGCGGGCCUGUACGACGGGGCGGAGGUGGUGCUGGGACCAGAUUCAGGUCUGAUGGAACCGGGCCCUCAGCAGCAGUUCAUCAACCAGAAGAUGAGGCCGGGGUCUGGGGUGCUGUCGGUCCAGGUGCUGCCUGACGGGCCCACGCGGGUCCUCCAGAUCAGUGACUUCAGCCAGAGGAGGACCGCCCGGAGCUCAGCCAGCUCAGAGCAAGAGCGGAGCAAAGAGGCUAGACCGAAGGCGGAGCCUGAGAAGGAGCUGGAGGUUUUGGUCAGCCUGGAGGAGGGUCUAGGCGUGUCUCUGGUCAACAAAGUUCCCGAGGAGCUGGUGUUUGCCACGCUGUCCGGUGUGGACGUCCACUUCACUCGCACCGAGGCCAACGAGGUGUUGGAGCUGAGCAUUCAGAACAUCCAGGUGGACAACCAGCUGCUGGGCACCACCCAGCCCGUCAUGCUGUGCGUGACUCCCAGCUCCGGCGAGGCCGGCGUCAGCGACAGCGGCCCGGCCCUGCAGGUGAACUCGGUCAAAGUCCCCAGCAGGCUGAUGCUCACAGACCUCUUCAAGCACCUGAUGGUGACGGCGCGCCGCUUCACGGUCAUCAUCGAGGAGAAGCUGCUGCUCAAGCUGCUCAGCUUCUUCAGCUACGGGGACGCAGAGGCUGAGCUGGAGAAGCUGGAUGAGAGCCUGCACGAGAGGCCCAGUGAGGUAGCAGGACCUCUCAAACGCUACUACUUUGAGAACCUGAAGAUCAGCCUCCCCCAGGUCAAACUCAGCGUCCUCACCUCUCACAAGCUGCCGCCAGACCUCAAGGCCCUGAAAGGCACGCUGGGCUUCCCUUUGGUUCGCUUUGAGGACGCCGUCAUCAACAUGUACCCCUUCACCAGAGUGCACCCCUACGAGACCCAGGAGAUCAUCAUCAAUGACAUCCUCAAGCACUUCAGAGAGGAGCUCAUGAGCCAGGCUGCUCAGAUACUGGGCUCUGUGGACUUCUUGGGGAACCCCAUGGGCCUCCUCAAUGACGUCUCCGAGGGCGUGUCUGAGCUCAUCAAGUACGGCAACGUGGGUGGUCUCAUCCGCAAUGUGACCCACGGCGUGUCCAACUCUGCUGCCAAGUUUGCAGGGACUCUAUCGGACGGGCUGGGGAAGACCAUGGACAACCGGCACCAGAGUGAGCGGGAGUACAUCCGAUACCACGGAGCCACCAGUGGAGAGCACCUGGUGGCAGGGAUCCACGGCCUGGCUCACGGGAUCAUUGGCGGCAUGACCAGCAUCAUCACCUCCACAGUGGAGGGGGUGAAGACGGAGGGGGGAGUCAGCGGUUUCUUCUCUGGGCUGGGCAAAGGUCUGGUUGGCACCGUGACCAAACCGGUUGCGGGGGCUCUGGACUUUGCGUCAGAAACAGCCCAGACGGUGCGGGACAUGGCCAGCCUCAGCAAUCACAGGCUGGGCGUGCAGCGCGUCCGGAAGCCUCGCUGCUGCAAGGGGCCCCAGGGCCUGCUGCCCCGCUACUCGUCCACGCAGGCCGACGGCCAGGAGCAGCUCUUCCGCCUGACCGACAACAUCCACUCCGAGCUCUUCAUCGCGGUGGAGCCCAUCGACAGCUACUGCGUCCUCAUCUCCUCCAAGGUGGUCUACUUCCUGAAGCCGGGGGACUACGUGGACCGGGAGGGCAUCUUCCUGGAGGUGAAGUACGACGACCUGUACCACUGCCUGGUGUCUAAGGACCACGGGAAGGUCUACGUGCAGCUGACCAAGAAGGCCGAGAGCACCAGCAGCGGGGUGGCUAUGCCCGGCCCCUCCCACCAGAAGCCCAUGGUUCACGUGAAGAGCGAGAGCCUUGCAGUCAAGAUCUCUCAAGAAAUCAACUAUGCCAAGAGCCUGUAUUACGAGCAGCAGCUCAUGCUGCCCGCCAGUCUCGGCGUUUUGUUGGAUUUGACGCACCUGAGGUCAGACGUUGAACAAAGCACACUCGACUUGGAGAAGCCAAGUAUGGCCUGGCUGGCCCUGUGGGCCACAGAACCCCCACCCAGCGCGUACACAGAAGACAUGCUGUGUGGCCUGUCAGGGGUCGGGUGGGGACUCCACCUGCAUCAAAUAAAGCACCAGACUGCAGCACUCUCUGUGACCCCUGUCUUUUCCUGA